GAAGCUACAUGGACGUGAUUAGAUCCACAUUUGGAAUAGAAUCAAUACAUAAACCCGUACUUCACUAUUUAAAUCCCACCCAUAGUUGCACAUUCUGAGUCAUUUUUCUAUCUCAAUUUGUGGUACUUAAGGCUUUUCGUACAUAUAUUUCAUCAUUUGUAGCAACACCAAAAUAGAUACUUUUAUCAUUCUUUACAUUGAGUAGAGCCAACAUGGUGCACAAACACAUCCUCCUCGUUCCUUCUCCAUCCCAAGGGGCUAUCAAUCCUGCACUCCAAUUAGCCAAUCAGCUCAUAAGAAUGGGUGUCAAGGUCACCAUAGUCACCUGUAUCUCUGCCCAUCGUUGCAUGGCCAAAACCAGCAUGACCCCAGAAGGCCUAACCUUUGUUUUCUUCUCCGAUGGCUACGAUGAUGGCUUCAAAUUCGGCCAUAUUGACUAUGAACACUUUAUCUCUGAGCUCAAUGAUCGCGGUUCUAAAAAACUAGCCCAACUCAUCACUGCCAGCGCCGAGGAAGGCAACCCUGUCACAGGUUUGAUCUACACCCCGCUUCAAGCAUGGGUAGCCAAAGUGGCUCAAUCCUUUCACAUCCCAUCCACACUUCUUUGGCCUCAACCAGCAACCCUUUUCCAUAUCUACUUCUAUUACUUCAAUGGUUAUGGUGACAUCAUUAGAAGUAUUACCAAUGAUCCUUCCUGCUUGGUUGAAUUACUGGUACUCCCACAGCUCUCCAGCCGUGACCUUCCCUAUUUUCUUGUCCAUUCAAACCCUGACUCGGACUCAAAACCGUACAAAGGUUUACUGCUAUCAAUCAAAGAACUGCUAGAUACGCUUAACGAAGAAGCCAACCCUAGAAUACUGGUAAACACAUUCGAUGCAUUAGAACCGGAGGUCUUAAGAGCCAUUGAGAAGCUCAACUUGAUUGCAAUAGGUCCAUUAGUCCCAUCUGCAUUCUUGGAUAGGAAACAUCCUUCUAAUACUUCUUUUGGGGCCGACCUAUUCCAAAAAUCAAGGGAUUAUCUUGAGUGGUUGGAUUCAAAGCUAGAAUCAUCGGUUGUUUAUGUAUCAUUUGGAAGCAUGGCAAUAUUAUCAAAGCGACAAGUGGAGGAGAUAGCACGCGGGUUGUUGGAAAGCCAUCGACCUUUCUUGUGGGUCUUAAGGGCUACAGAAAAUGGUGAGAAAGAAGAAGAUGAACUAAGCUGUAGAGAAGAACUCGAUCAACUAGGGAUGAUUGUGCCGUGGUGUUGUCAAGUGGAGGUCCUUGCACACCCAUCUUUAGGGUGCUUCGUUUCACAUUGUGGGUGGAAUUCUUCAUUGGAAUGCUUGGUAUUUGGUGUUCCGAUGGUAUGUUUCCCACAGUCAUUUGAUCAACCAACGAAUGCAAAACUUAUAGAAGAUGUAUUCAAGACAGGAGUGAGGGUAACAAUGAAUGAAGAAGGAAUAAUGGAAGGUGAAGAGAUCCAGAGGUGCAUAGAAGUGGUUAUGGGUGGUGGAGAGAAGGGGAAAGAAAUGAACAAAAAUGCCAAGAAAUGGAGGGAUUUGGCAAAAGAAGCUGUAAAGGAAGGUGGGUCCGUGGAUAUGAACCUCAGGGCUUUUGUAGAUGAGGUUGAAAAAGAUUUUAUUGGUUGAGCUUUUCAUGGUAAGUUGUAUAAAUCUAAAAAUUAGUUUAUUAUUAUUAUUAUUUAUUUAGUGGGACUUAGUGUUGUUAAUUCUAUUUGAUUAACAAUCUAUUGAUUGAUUUAUUUAUUUAUUUAUCAACAAAUAUUAAUUAUUAGAUUAACACAUCAGGGUGAAACCCUUUCC